AGUGGUAAUCUUAUCCUUCUUGCUUGGUUUCUCCUCAUCCUUUUAUCCUUCUUGUCCUUCUUCUUUGGUUUCUCCCCAUCCUCUUAUCCUUCUUCCUUUGGAUGAUGAUCAAGACCUUGAAUCCUUUCAUCCUUUAUCCCAAGUGAAGCUUGUUUGGUUCUUUCUCUUUCUCUUUAAAGCUUGACAAGGUAAGUCAUCUUCUUUCUCCUUGUUUCUCCAUGCUUAAUUAGUUUGUGUUAACGUUGCUAUGUCUCCCUAUCAAUUGAUAAAAAUGUAAUCGAGAUUGUAUUUCCUCUUUUUUCAAUCUUGUUGGAAUCAUGGAACCCCUUGUGCUAUAAACCAUGAUUAUUUUAGUUCAGUUAAUGUACACCGAGAAACUCACAACUCGAGUACAAGUGUGAUUCGCCUCAUAAAUUCGGGAUCUUAAAAAUCUUUUUUUCUUUUCCAAAUCAAAAGCAAAUGAGAGAGUUCAAAAAGAGGGGUUUUGAGAAAUUGAAUGACGAGCGAUUAAGAUUAGUUGGUAAAUUCCAAAAAACUUGAUUUGAUCCUUCAAACAAGUGAAGAAAAGAACAAGCUUGAAGGGCAGAACUAUGUUAAAUUUUACUGUUCUUUGUUGAUUGUUUGAAGUGUUUGUAACUGCGCCCAAUCUCAACAGUGUAAAGUUUGCUACACCUUAAUUAAUAAAUACCUUCUUCAAUCUGCACACUAGAGAAAUAAAUAAGAAGAUAAAGAAGGUAGACAAGAGUAUGCUUGAGAUCACUGAGUCCUGCUUGGUUGUUCCUAAUGAGGAAACACCAAAACAUAGGCUAUGGCUCUCCAACCUUGAUGUUUUCGCACCAAGAGACCAUGCACCAUUUUUCUUUCUUUACAAGCCCAAUGGAGAUCCAAACUUCUUUUCAGUAGACACUCUUAAGAUGGCCUUAAGCAAGGUCUUAGUCACCUUCUACCCACUAGCCGGAAGGCUAGUGCUUGAUGGAGAUGGCCGGCCAGAGGUGGACUGCAAUGCCGAGGGCGUGCUCUUCUCCGUUGCACGAGCAGCGUGCACUGUUGAUGGCUUUGGUGACUUCCGACCAACACCUGUUCUCCGGCAGCUUCUCAUCCCCUCCGUCACGGGCCCUGAGAGAUCAUCCAUCUUGAUGUUGUUUCAGUUGACAUAUUUCGAGUGCGGUGGAGUGUGCUUGGGCUGCGCGACGCACCACUCGGUCACGGAUGGUGUUUCUGCACUCCAUUUCAUCAAUGCAUGGUCUGAGAUUGCCCGUUGUGGCUCUGCCAUUACCAGUGUUCCUCCUUUUCUUGAUCGCACUGUGCUUCGUGCUCGGUCACCACCAACCGUCAUGUUUGAUCACAUCGAGUACACUUGUGAUCAGCUCUACUGCAAAUACGUCCCACUAGACGAGAUGGGACAAGCAUGUCAGACAGCUAUACUCACAAUAUCUAAAGACCAGCUCAACACACUCAAACAUGGUUUGAAUGGGGACCGAAAUCUUAGCACAUUCAAAGCAGUAGGCGUGCAUCUAUGGCGCACGGCGUGCAAGGCCCGAGAGCUGACUGACGAGCAGGAUACCAGGGUUUACUUGACUGCCGAUGCUCGUGCACGGCUCAAGCCGGUACUACCGAUGGCAUAUCUUGGUAACGCGAUACUGAGAACUUCGGCGCAUUUGCGAGUUGGGGACUUGGUUUCCAAGCCAUUUGAGUCUGGAGUUGCCAAGAUUGUAGAAGCAGUUAACAGUCUUGAUGAUGAACAUAUAAGAUCAUUGGUGGAUUUGUUGGAGAUACACAAGAGUAAUAAAGAGAAAGUGCUGGGGUCUAGGGCGUUAAAAAUGGUGGAUUUUCAUGUAAAUAGCUGGUUAUCAUUGCCCAUUUAUGAAGCUGAUUUUGGGUGGGGGAAACCGUGGUUUAUGGGGAGAGCAUCCAUGAGAUAUGUCGGUCAAGCGUACAUGAUGCGCGGUGGUGCUGAAAAUAGUGGAGGUGUUUCGGCUGUUGUUGCAUUUGAGAGUAAGAAUAUGGUACGAUUCAAAGAGAUUUUUUACAAAGAUUUAGAUUCUUAUGUGUCUGAAGUCCAAGGUAGUGUCUGAUGGAGAAGAUUACAGCUCUCUAUUUUCUUGAGCUUAUAAAAGAGUUGCAACUACUAUUUUUGAUGUUCCAAAUAAAACGCCAACUGUCUAUGAGCAAAUUUUAAUCAUCAUCAACGAAGCGGAUUGAUGGAGAAUGACUCAAAUUUGGCAGAUGUUAAUUUGUUCAUUGGACUUGGUCUUCAGUUGGUUGUUAGUUUCUUAAUUUCCUAUUUUCACCAUAUAUGCAUGCAGUAGUGCUAAUUAUUUCUGCAUAUAUAUUUAGUCAGUUUGUUGUUGUUUAAAGCCUAUAAAGAAGGCAUGUUAUGUAUCUCAUGAAGUUAAGUCAAUAAAACACCAGUAGCAGUUUCAAUCAGCAA